UCGUGUGCGUGCGCAGCAGGUCCACACGUUGUUUUGGAUUUUCAGUAAAAGCAUGUGGGAAGGUCUUUAUAAAGAAGCCUUUUCCCUAUGUUUACGUUAUUACAUGUUAUUUUCAUGUGAAGUUUUCGCGUAGAUCUCAUUUUGAACCUGUGCUUGGUGUCAGUUCGACCAAGCGUCAACUUUAUCCACAACAAGCCGACGUUUGAAGAAAGCUAAGUGGCUAGCUGAAGUAGCAGCAUGGCAGCUGUAGUGGAGCUGGUAGCUGGAAGCUACGAGCAGGUCGCGUUUGGUUACCGAGUGAAAACGGAUGAAGAAGAGUGGAUAUCCAAAGCAGACUUCACUCAUCACGCACACACGGCUUCCAUAUCAGCUGUGGCAGCCAGUGAGAGGUUUGUUGUAACAGGCAGCAAAGAUGAGACCAUACAACUGUAUGACAUGAAGAAGAGAAUUGAGCAUGGCGUUUUGCUUCAUCAUGAUGGCACCAUCACCUGCCUGGAGUUUUAUGGGACGUCUCAUUUGCUGAGUGGAGGAGAGGAUGGACUGCUGUGUGUGUGGAGCACGAAGAAGUGGGAGUGUCUGAAGUCCAUCAAAGCUCACAAAGGACAUGUCACGUCGCUGUCCGUCCAUCCAUCUGGGAAACUUGCACUUUCAGUUGGCACAGAUAAGACUCUCAGAACAUGGAAUCUGAUUAAUGGAAGAUCAGCAUUCAUCAAAAACAUUAAACAGAAUGCACACAUUGUGCGAUGGUCUCCAGAUGGCAAUAAAUACGUGGUGGUGGUAGAUGACACGGUGAACAUCUAUGACCUGGAGACAGCCUCCGUGACAGGAACAAUCACAAACCCCAAAAGAAUCUCAUCAAUUAAGUUCUUAAAUAACUCCAUCCUGGCCGUUGCAGGAGACGAUGAAAUUUUGAGGUUAUGUGAACUGGGAAAAGAGAAAUCAGUGUGUGAGUUCAAGGCUCAUGAAACCAGGGUGAAAGCCGUUGACAGUUUUGAUAUGGAGGAUUACUGUGUGGUCGUGACAGCUUCGAAUGACGGAUUCAUCAAAAUGUGGAAACUUCUUCUUAAAGAGGAGCUGGAUCCUCCCACCCUCCUCGGCGAAGUGAACACAACAGCCAGACUGACAUGCCUUGCUGUGUGGAAACCUUCAUCAGUGCAGCAGAUCACUGAGGAACCAGCAGCUCAGGCCACAACAUCUGAAGAACUUGCCCAAGAACUUUCAAAGACCAAGAGAGUUCGCAUUACAAUGGAAGAAGUCAUUCUAGAAGAUGAGAGUAAGCCCAAAAAAAAGAAAAAGGGCGGUGGAAAAUAAUGUGACGACAAUAAACAUCUUUUAAUAUCUA